GGGUGUCUGCUAUUAACAAAGUAGACAAACUUUGCCACGACCAGAGGCCCACGUGAGCACCUCUACUACAAAUUGGGUUUACUUAAGAUGCUUCUGCUGAGUUUGGUUGUACUUGUGGAAGAAGGUUGUAAUAUCUGGUGAGGCUAACCGUAAAGACGUAAAGUCAUAGAGGGCAGUUGAAUCAAGGUGACGCCUUUAAAGGGUUUCAGGAAAGUCCCAGGAGGCAAAUAUAAUCGAUAAGAUCCUCAAGGCCAUAAGGACCCGUAUCAGUACCAGUAGUAGAAACUCAGAGGAAUACCCAAUUUCUGUAUUCCAGAAGUACCAUAAAGAUGGAAUCAGAGAAUACACAACAUUCCCAGAUUGUCGAGAUCCAUGGAGAUGUUCCUGGUGAAGAGACGAGUGUGGGUGGGAGUAAAAUUUGUGGGGAAGCACCGUGUGGACUGUCGGAUGUUGGACCAAAUUCUAAAGAUUCCAAAGAACGAUCAGCUGCCAUGCGCAAGCUCUUGAUAGCAGUGGUACUCUGUGUGCUCUUCAUGGGUGUUGAAGUGUUUGGUGGCAUUGAAGCCAAUAGCUUAGCAAUAUUGACUGAUGCAGCACAUUUGCUCUCUGAUGUUGCAGCCUUUGCCAUCUCCUUGUUCUCCUUGUGGGCUGCUAGCUGGGAAACCACUCCCCGUCAGUCUUACGGCUUUUUCAGGAUUGAGAUUCUCGGUGCUUUGGUUUCUAUCCAACUCAUAUGGUUGCUUGCUGGGAUAUUGGUGUAUGAAGCCAUUGUUAGAAUGAUUAAUAACACAUCUGAGGUGAAUGGUUUUCUGAUGUUUCUUGUUGCUGCAUUUGGUCUAGUGGUUAAUAUUGGCAUGGCUGUACUGUUAGGUCAUGAUCAUGGCCAUGGCCAUGGACAUGAUGAUCAUGAUCAUCACAGCCAUGGAAUGACAUUUUCUACUCAUCAUCACCAUGAGGAACACUCUACUGAUGAAGAACACUCGCAUGAUGAACACCAUCACAGUCAUGAUGAUCAUAAACACAAUGGUGCUGAUGAAGGUCAUGCUCAUGAGCCACUCUUGGACAAGCCAGAAGACGGGCAUGGCCAGAAGAAGCAACGGAACAUAAAUGUGCAGGGAGCUUACCUUCAUGUUCUUGGGGACUUGGUUCAAAGUAUUGGUGUAAUGAUUGGUGGGGCCAUCAUAUGGUACAAGCCAGAAUGGAAGAUAGUUGAUUUGAUUUGCACCCUAGUAUUUUCUGUCAUUGUUUUGGGGACAACUUUCAGGAUGAUGAGGAACAUACUCGAUGUACUAAUGGAGAGCACACCAAGAGAGAUUGAUGCAACAAAACUUGAGAAGGGGCUGUUGGAGAUGGAAGAAGUGGUGGAAAUCCAUGAGCUGCAUAUAUGGGCAAUCACAGUUGGGAAAGUCCUGCUGGCUUGCCAUGUGAAAAUCAGACCUGAAGCAAAUGCAGACAUGGUGCUGGACAAAGUGAUUGAUUAUAUCAGAAGGGAGUACAACAUCAGCCAUGUGACUAUACAAGUUGAGCGUUAAUGAGUUCUUUGAAGGUUAAGAUCUGGAUACGGUGAAGGUUUAAAUUGAUCAUAUGGUUGCAUAUAUACUCUUCUUAGAUGAGGGUCCAGAUUUUUUAGUAUCAGCAUUGAUGUCUAGGCAGUGCUUUGCUAAUCUUACCAAAGAUGCAUGUUUUUGGUGCCGAGUAAUUAUAUUGUGGUUAGGAGAUGUAGAAUCUGUAGAAGCGUCAGCUUGCAGCCACCUUGAUUCUUAGUUUCUUACUGUCACAAGCAUAUGGGAGGUAACUGGUUCUCUCUCAGUGCAAAUAUAGUGAAAAGUGCAUGAUGGCAAAAUAUGCAUCGGUUACAGUUGAUUUGAUUGGUCUAUAACAAUUUGCAUGACAUUGUAAUAUUACUCGGCUUAAAAUUGGAAUUGGCGAAUUGCAUAAUAGUGUCUUGCAACUCUUCUAUUUUUAAGGCAAUGUCCCCAAUGACUUGAAGUUUGAGGUAUUUUUUAUUUAGUUUGUGAAAGCAGUUUGUAAGCACAGCAUUUGUUUUUUACUCUUCAAUAUUAGGGUGAUCAACAAAAAUUUCUUUCGUGUGAGCAGAACAUCUUUCUUUUGAAGCACACUCAAUACAACUGUGAUAUUAUGGCUAGGCUAGGAAGGACCCAAAGAACCUAAUAUCUCUAUUCAAUUGAUUUGACAUAGUCGAACCUUUAAAUGCUAUGACUUGUUCAAAUCUCCAGUGGUAGCUUGAUGUUAUAUUUUGAAUCUUCAUGAGUCAACACUCAAGACCUAUAUCAAUGCUGGGGACCAGACCACUCUAUCCCUCCCCCCUUUCUUCUACCCAGUCAACUCUCUCUCAGUCAAGAAUAUAUACACACGUAUAUAUCCCAUAUCCUAUCUCAACCAAUCUGAGACUAUUUCAAACCUUCAUUUCUCAUCACAUCCCUUACAACUUACCACAUCAAGUGUUAAGUACUUCUGCCUGGAAAACUGUGACAAGUUUCACAAUUUUAUAAGAAAAUCUGAUCAUAUUAAGAUGGCUAUGUCGACAGUCUAUCUCUUAAACUUCGAGCCUAUAGAAAAAUGGAGUACUUGACAUCAGAGAAUGAAGAUAGCGAUACUUCCAGAAGUAGAGAGAAGCAUGUUCUUGACACACUCGAUCUUUUUCCUCAUUGGAAAUCAGCUACCGUGUAGGAGCUAUGUGAGAAACCACCAGCUUUCCAGGGUUUUUUUUUCUUGGGAUAGAUUUUGUGUUACAGCUAUGCCAGAAAGCACAAUUUUACCAGUGUUUCUCUGUGGCUUUUAGGUUUGUGGCCUAAUUUGUACCAGCAUGUGUGAUUAUGUUCCUGCUCUAGCCUGCCACAUCAAACUUGUAUGAACCCGAGUCAUGCCUUUUGCUUAAUCAACAAAACCAUAUGAAGGCUGACUGGUGAUGAAUGUGCUGCUUUUCGAUCAGCAGUGAUUUCUCGAAUUCCACAGCUGGUUGACUUAGACAGAGAGGGUGCAUUCAUCUUGGUUAUCGACCAUUAUACCAGCAAAGAAGGUGCUCUCAUCAUAUCUGAACUUGGCUCCUAUCCAAGAAGCCUGUUCCUUUUCCUAAAAACUGUGAUUAAGGUUCGCAUAUCUGGCACCCUCAACUUUUCAAGUUUAAUAGAUGACCAACUUGUGGGAACAAAGAAUCAAUCAAAAGAACUUCAGGCUUACUAGCUUGCAAAGGAUCUCCAAUUUCCCAGAGAUUUUGGGUAAUAAUCCUGUUAAUGUGAAUGUUGAUAUGAUUGAACUUUCUCUGGAGGUGAGCACUUAUUUCUUACACUUAUGUAUGAUGUAUGAUCUUUCUUUUCUUUGUAAUUAAAACUCUCAAGUCAAUUUGUGGUAUCUGUGGCAUUGUUUCAUCUUUGUAAGUCUUGACUGUUUUUUGGAAUCUGUCAACUUAAUAUCUGUCGAAUAAUGAUUUCUUCCAUCAAUUUGGGGUGGUAUCAGUAUAUCCAUUACGAUCUAAGUUCAUCUCUGUGGCUAGUGGCUAGUGGCUACUGAGAUAUUUUUAACAUAAAUUAAGCUUGUCCAGCAUCAAUGCCCCUUAAUAAUGUAUUUCUUCCAGUUUAUUUAGGUUCAGAUAUUACUUAUGAAUAAUAAUUCAUACCUCCUCAUGCUGUUACUGUUUCAACUUUUACUUUUGUAGGUGUUAGUCAAUUCAAACCCAUUUCAGUUCUCAAUCGCAAUCUCCUAGAGAGUUUGAUGGUUAAUGGGUGGAGUACUGUGUAAUAUUAUGCCUUGCAUAUAGGAUAAUGGAUGCUUCAUCAUUCUUGUUGGAAAUGAUUGGUGAUGUGUGCAGUGCUCUUUUGCUUAGACUUUCCACCUCCACAUGAUUCUGCUGGAACGUACAGAGACUAUUUCAGCAAUGUUUUGAAAUUGGAGGAGGUCAAUGCCAUUGCCAGUAUAUUGAAUGCCUGUAUUGGGUUGUGCCAACGGAACCAUCUGUUAAAUCCCAACGAAUCAGAAUCAGAAGCUCUGUGGUUUAGCUUACUUGAUAUGGAAGUUCCAAAGACUUGAAUACAUAUGAUAUAUAACAGUGAUUCGAUUCUAAAGGUGAUUGUAACUUAAGAAUAUUGUUCACUUGGUUCAUCAACAAAAUUGUUGAGGGCAUGAAAGGAUAUGUUCUCCCUCAAACUAUCUUUUCCAAACUCCUCUCUGAUCACUGUGGCCAGGAACUUGGUGAUAUUAAAGUCAUUAUACUGGAGAUGUUUAGCAUGUAUGGCUUCGAGAAAAAGAAAUCUGGAUACUACCAAGUCCAUUGCAUUGAAUAUGCUGAAAAAUGGGCUUCUCAUGGUUAUGUCCCUCGGAGUCGAGUGCUGUGUAUGUGAUUGCUUUCUUGACAACAGCUGUUCCAGCUCCAUUAGUAUUUUCAACAGUGGUCACGCAACACAUCUUCAGUGUGAAGUUUCAGAGCAUGACACAUCAAGUAGUAUCUCGUCCUCUGGAUGCCCUGUUUGUAUUCGACACAGCACCUAAAAGAGUGUUCAUCGAGACCACAACAUACACUUCAAUCAGCUUCUAACCACCAUGAAAGCAAUGCAUUCUCAUCAUUUUGUUUCGUUUGUUAUUUCAUCAUUUAUGUUUCUUGGACUUCUUUUUGGUUUUGAAAUCUAACCAAGGAACUGGACUUGGAUGUUGCAGUUUGAGAUCUUGAACAAUUUGCAAACAGACCAAGGAUUAGGGGAGAUUGAAAACAUCCCUCAGUUGAAGCUUGAUCUGCCAGCUGUGUAUCAUGAAAAGGUUCCCAGAUUUAUAACAUGUAGAUGACACUAAGGUCACAUACACCAGCAGCAAGUAGCAGUACGUAAUCUUGCGAGUAUUGUCCAGAUCCCUCUGUUGAAUUGUUACUUCAAAUGCUUGGCAUUAGUUGCUUACAACAUUGUUAGGCUCAGACCCUCUUGGAGAAACCUCAAAACUCAGAGAUGAUCCUUCGUGUUAAUUUUUGCAACCAUUUCGUGGAGGUCUUAUUGCUGGAAGGUCAUGACCCCGAGUUUUCCAGCCCUUCGCAUGGACCAACCAAGACUAACCAUUCUGUUUUCUGUACCAAUUGCCUCCAAUUGUGGUGACUCGUGUAACUGCCAUUAGAGCAGCUGAUACUCAACAUACUUGUUAAAAUCUCUUUUAACAACCAGUGGAAUUUUGUAUUCAACUGUUGGUAAAUAUGGACUACAUGUGACUUCAUGAAAUAGAAUACCUGGAUUACAAUGA